AUGGCCUCUAAGGUUGAGCUCCCCAAUCUGCCUGGCUAUCAGCCUAAGGUGGACCGAGUGAAUCAUCACGUCCACCAGUCAUGGGGAUUCGAUAACGGUCAGCGUAUCGAGAAGAGCAUCUUCAAUAGAGAGAGGCCGAAGCUGGUCGAAGUCCCGAGGGCCCCCGAGGGCUGGCGGGAUGGCGAGGCAUUGCCCAAGUCUACCACACAUGACGUUUAUAUCGCUCCCAAUGGGGUACCGGACACUGAGCAGCUCCCGGCUUGGGACGCUCUGGAUCGACAUGUCCUGAGGUUCUUCGGUUACUAUAAGGAAGCCGUUGUGGAGUCCAACUUGGAAAACUAUCGCAUCAGGCCCUGUAUCCUCUACUACUACCUCGAGGAUGACACUAUGCACGCGAGUGAGCCUCGACAAGAUAACAGUGGUCUCAGCCAAGGCAUGCUCCUCAAACGCCACAGGAUCCCGACGAGUAACGGCAACGGCUUCAUCGUAGCUCAAGACCUGAAAGUCGGUGAAACCAUCAACAUCUACGGUAAGGUCAUACAAAUCACAGCAGUAGAUGCGUUCACUAGGACACCAUAUCAGGUCUUGAAGACUGAGCAGGCUCCCAAUACGGAAAUACCGGACGACUACUUCGCGCUCGUCAAGAAGGAGGCGAUGGUCACCGAGACGGCCAUGCCCCGUAGGAUCUCUAAUGAUGCUGCUCAUAGGCAUUCAUCUUGUGUAGGCACUUAUGAGAAGAUCUAUAGGGAGGCUAUGCUGGGCGGGGUCCUGCCCAAUGAUCGAUUGCAGCAGUUCUUAGAGAACGACCGCAAGGUGUGCCGCUUCUAUGCUGUUAUGGAUGACCUCAAGACUGAACAGUACGAGAGGAGACCGUUCACCAUCUUCUACUUCCUCAGUGAUGAUACCAUUGAAAUUAGAGAACAAUAUCCUCUUAAUUGUGGCCGAGACAGUUUCCCCGUAUUCUUCAAGCGCGGCCGUGUUGCCAAAGGUAGCCUCUGUCCUCAACAGACCCAUACGGCAAUUCUUCGCUCAGGUGGCGUGCCGGUUCAUGGUCCUUGUGACCCUGUCCCCCCCUCGGGCUGCUUCUAUAAGGUUCAGGACCUCUAUGUUGGACAGACCAUACGCCUGGUCAAUAACGAUCUGUUCAUAUACGACGCGGAUGCUUUCACGCGGGAGUACUUCAAAAGCAUUGGAAGAGUUUCCUCAUUAGUUGAGCUCGCUCCAAAGCGAGACGUCCGACUGCCAGAAAAGACCGUCCCUCGUCCACCGACUCCGCCAUACACUGGAUACGGAUCAUGGGACGACUCCAUGGGAUCGGUCUUCAGCCUUGUGCCCAAGGUCCCUAGGAAGGACAUGCAUAAGCUCCUCAUCAACGACGGUAAAGUGCUGCGGUUCUCGGCGAAGUUCUCCAACCCCGAGCCUGAAGACGUGAGUCGGAGGUUCGUAUUCAAUUAUCAACUAUGUGACGACACUCUGUCCAUUCACGAGCCCCCGCAGAGAAAUCUCGGUAUCGUUACAGGGAAAUUCUUGGAGAAUGGAACUUACCUCAACGAGACGACGGGUCGCUUGAUGAGCCCCCUUGACCUGAUACCAGGGAAGACUGUGAUAGUGUUCAAUCACAGCUUCAUCAUCACCGGUUGUGAUGAUUACACCCGCAAGUACUUCGCCAAGGCUCACCCCGAUGUCCAGCUCGUCGUCGAGGACGAGGAUCGCGCGGUGGUCCCUGAUCAGGAGUCUGAUCUCAGCACUAUCAUUCCCAAGUUGCGUGAGAAUCUGCUGCAACAAUUCCCACGCGUACGGGAUAUAUUCCGGCGCAUCGACAAGGACCACAACGGCGUCAUCACAUUGGACGAAGUUAGAGAGGUGCUCGCGAAUCAUGGCUUCCAACUCAAUCAGACUGACGCGACCGCCAUUUUGAGGGCCUUUGAUACCAACAAGGAUGGCCACAUCUCCUACAACGAGUUCUGUGAUGCUGUACUAGAGCCUGACUAUAAGGGCUAUGCAGGGGAGCCUCAACCGAGAAAACCAUCUUUGUUCAAAGGAGAUAAGGACUAUGCCGCAGCAGCUGCCUGCAGGUCGGUUGAGGCCGCCGAGACCGCCAAGAUCCGUCGUGCCGUCCGAGAGGUCGGGGAUGUCUUCUACAAGCAUCCAACGAUGUCCCACCGACUUAUCAAAGAACUUUGCAGAGUGUCGGACAACCAGAAGACUGAUACCAGUCAAAUUCGACUCGCCUUACUCCGCUUCGGUUUUCCCUUCGAUCAAGAAGAGAUUGAUCGCUGUGUGUGGUGA